GCGGCAGAGCUACAGUAAAGCCGCAGCCCGGAAGGAGUGGAGAAACCUUUGGCAGUCAUCGAGCCUUUCGUCUCCAUGCGUGUCCUGUCAUAAGCCUGAAGAGGCUGCGAAACCGACCUGGCCGUUUUGCCUUCAUUACUAGAAGAUCACUGCAGCAUACAUAUAUAUCCUUUUUGUUUAAAACUACGGGGAGUGACAGCGACAUGGCGGCACCCAGCCCCUGUGUUGUGAUCAGUGAUGAUGAGCAGGGCUAUGAUCUGGAUCUUUUCUGCAUACCAAAGCACUACGCCACCGACCUGGAGAGGGUCUACAUCCCUCAUGGACUCAUCUUGGACAGGACAGAGAGGCUGGCCAGAGAGAUCAUGAAGGAAAUGGGGGGACACCACAUUGUGGCCCUCUGUGUGCUCAAAGGGGGUUACAAGUUUUUUGCAGACCUGCUGGACUACAUCAAAGCCCUGAACCGAAACAGUGACCGCUCCAUUCCCAUGACAGUGGACUUCAUUCGCCUCAAGAGCUACUGUAAUGACCAGUCAACCGGGGAAAUCAAAGUGAUUGGUGGAGAUGAUUUGUCUACUCUGACAGGCAAGAAUGUCUUGAUUGUUGAGGAUAUUAUCGACACAGGGAAGACGAUGAAGACAUUAUUGCAACUCCUCAAACAGUACAAUCCCAAAAUGGUUAAAGUAGCAAGUUUGCUGGUGAAGAGGACGCCGCGAAGCGUCGGCUACCGACCGGAUUAUGUAGGAUUUGAGGUCCCUGAUAAAUUUGUGGUGGGGUACGCACUAGACUACAACGAGUACUUUAGAGAUCUAAAUCAUAUCUGCGUCAUUAGUGAAAUAGGGAAGGAGAAGUACAAGGCGUGAGGAUCUCGUUGCCACAGUUCUCCGAUGUAUUGUGCAUCUUUUCCUUUUGUGGUUCAUUUCAUAAAAAAAUCUCACCUGCUCAGGGUCCCUGAGGACACUGGAGUGAAGAUCCUGCCUUUUCUUUUUGUCACAAACAAGAAAAGACUGCCUUACAAAGAAACCUCGGUUAAAGAGCAUGGAGCCCAGCUUUAACCAGAAGUUCAUUUGACGCUUUAAUGCCCCCCCACACUUUUUUUAAUUCCAUUUUAAAAUUUCUUUUUUAAAGAAAUUGAGUAAUUUAUUUAAAGAAAUGCUGCUAGCAUCAAGUAAAAAAUUGUAACUGACAGAAAGAUUUCCAACCUCAUACAGUAUUUUAAAAAUGUUGUUUUAUUGUAAUUCUGCAUCUAUCUGGAUUUAUUAGUAGCUGUUUUAAGGCCACCAUUGAGGAGGAUGAUGCUUUUUCUCAAUGUUUGUAUAUUUUGGGACAAAAUUUAGGUACUGUCUGGUGUGUGAGGGGAAAAAAUUCCUAAAGCUUUCUCAAAGAUACAUGUUGUAAAGUAGCGUGAAUGUUGCAGUUGUCCCUGGUUUUAAACACAUGGUGAAGAUGAAAUAUCCUCUACACCAGUGUUUCUGAAAUCUUUGUCCAAAUAAAGCUUUUGAUUGAUCUAAUUGUGUGUAAAGUAACAGAUGGUGGCUCUAAAUGCUGGAAGACGGCUAAGUUUAGACGUGGAAGUCCUCCAAUGAUUCUUUAAACAGGGUUAAAAGUUCACAGAUAUGUUUGGUAAACAGAGAUUAUGUAUUUCAAUCAUUGCUUCAGAGGCAUCGUUUAACUAACACCCACCCCCACUUGUUUUUAGUUCAGUUCAAUAAAAUGUUUUUGUUUUUUUUUUCACUUUUUCCUGUAAUCCUGGAUUUUGCAACACCAAAAUUAAAUGUACUCAUCCUUCCUGUGA